CCAACUUAAUACGAGCUAUUCUCUUUGAAACUAGGGUUUAAGAGCUCAUUUCAUCAACUCAAAACCUUUCGACAAAGAGGAACGAGGCGUUCGAGUUUUUAUUUUGCAGCCAUGGCGAGCACCAAAGUCCAGAGAAUUAUGACUCAACCCAUUAACCUGAUCUUCAGGUUUCUUCAAAGUAAAGCUCGCAUUCAGAUUUGGCUUUUUGAGCAGAAAGAUUUAAGGAUUGAAGGCCGAAUCAUUGGUUUCGAUGAGUACAUGAAUUUGGUGCUGGAUGAUGCUGAAGAAGUUAACAUCAAGAAAAAAAGCAGAAAGACAUUAGGAAGGAUUCUUCUUAAAGGAGACAACAUUACCCUUAUGAUGAAUAGUGGAAAGUGAGUGUUAUCCCGACUGUUAUUUGGAUCGGCCAUGCAAAUCUCCUCAAUAUCAUAUAGGUCGAGCCACUAUGACUCUAUUGCACUAUCUUUAAACAUAUUUUCACCUUUCAUGUAUUACAACUCGCCUUAUAAAAGGUGCUUGUAUUUCAGACAGGCAUGGAUGCUUGCUUAGUUUAUCUAAUGAUUAACUUAUAUGAUUCUGCCCUUUGAUCUGCAUUGUAAGAUUUGGUUAAGUCAGCAUCAAAAAUCUUUUUUAUCUGUA